AUGGCCGAAACUGCAUUGUCCUUGGCUCGUGAUCAUUUGUUUCCAUUCUUAAUGGAAGUUGGCAACAUGAUCAGGGGCGUCCCAGAAGAUGUUGAUGACAUGAAAAAUGAACUAGAAAAGAUUCAAGCCAUCAUUCAUGAUGCAGAUAGAGUGGCUGCAGCUGGAGACAACACCACACGUGAAGAAGUUAAAGCAAAGGUGAAGUUGCUGAUAGAAGCAGCUUUUAGCAUGGAAGAUGUAAUUGAUGAAUAUGUGAUCCAUCAGGAACAAGAGACUCGAGAUCCUGGAUGUGCAGCUUUACCCUGUCAGCCUGCUGAUCUCUUCAAAACCUUGAUGCUUCGUCUCCAAAUAUCAUAUAAGAUUAAGGAUGUUAAAUCACGAGUUCGUGCAAUCAAUGAAAGCAGUGAAAUUGAGAGUGCGUUCCAUGUCCAACCUUUUCUAGAAAAAGGAGCAAGCAGUUCUAGAGGAAACCAAAACACGACUUUGGAGAAGAUUCGAAAGGCUCCCCUUUACAUGGAAGAAGCUCAAAUUGUGGGCUUUGAGGCCCCAAGAGAUGAAUUGGUGGGUUGGUUGAUAGAGGGAAGAGCAGAGCGCACUGUCAUCUCUGUGGUAGGAAUGGGAGGAGUGGGAAAGACCACUCUUGCCAAGAAAGUGUUUGACAACAAGGAGGUGAUCGGGUUCUUUGGUUGCCAUGCGUGGAUCACAGUGUCUCAGUCCUAUACUGUAGAUGGCUUGUUGAAGGACAUGUUGCAGAAAUUUUACAAAGAAAAACAAGUGGAUCCUCCUCAGGAUAUUUCUACAAUGCAAGGCGAUUCAUUAUUAGAUGAAGUGAGAAACUACUUGAGCAAAAAGAGGUACCUCAUUGUCUUUGAUGAUGUUUGGGAUGUCAAAUUUUGGGAUGAGAUAGAAUUUGCAACUCUUGAUAAUCAAAACGGAAGUCGGAUACUUAUGACCACUAGGGACAUGAAAGUUGCGGAGUCUUGCAAAAAAUCUUCUUUUGUUAAAAUACAUGAAUUAAAACCCCUAUCUCUAGCACAGUCACGGGAGCUCUUUUGCAGGAGGGCAUUCCAAUUUGAAUUUAAUGGGUCUUGCCCAGCAGAAUUAGUGCAUAUAUCUUCCGAGAUUGUUGAAAAAUGUGAUGGUUUACCACUAGCAUUAGUGGUGGUUGCUGGUCUUUUAUCUUGUAAAGGUUCUAGAGUUGACGAGUGGGAAGAGUUCAGUCAGAAUCUAAAUUUAGAGCUGACAAGGAAUAAAGAAUUAGGUGAUAUAACAAAGAUUUUGAGUUUCAGUUAUAACAAUUUGCCUUACCAUCUUAAAUCAUGCUUUUUGUAUUUUGGAACGUUUCCUGAAGACUUUGAAAUUGCAUCGAAAAAAUUGAUUCAGAAAUGGAUAGCUGAAGGUUUUGUAAAAUAUGAAGCAGGGAAAAUCUUAGAGAAGGUUGCUGAAGGAUAUUUAAAAGAGUUGAUCGAUAGAAGUUUGGUGCAAGUAUCUUCACUUAGCAUUGAUGGGAAAGUUAAAGGUUGUCGUGUUCAUGACCUAACACGUGAGAUGAUUCUUAAAAAAUGUGAGGAUUUGAGAUUUUGUCAUAGGGUACUUGAUGGGUCAGCAUUGAGUGGGAUAACUCGACGCCUAUCAAUAGCAACUCCUGUCAACGAUAUAAUAAGUAACAGUGAAUGCUCACCUAUUCGCUCACUCAUUGUUAUUACAAAUGAAGAUUUAUCUGAAGAAUUUGUGAGGAGAAUACCUACCAAAUACAUGUUAUUGAAAGUGCUUGAUUUUGGAUAUAGCUUUUUGGAUUUUGUUCCCGAAAAUUUGGGGAAUUUAAUCCAUUUAAAGUAUUUAAGAAUCGGACCUGCAGUGAUAAGAAGUAUUCCAAAAUCCAUUGCUAAGUUGCAGAACUUGGAGACCUUGAUUCUAUGGGGAUGUUUUGGAGUUCUGAUGCCAAUAGAGGUGAGCAAGCUUAGAAAGCUACGACAUCUUCAAGCUGGUUCUAUGCGUAUGACUCAAUCGAAGGAUGGUAUCGGAAACAUGACAUCCCUAGAAACACUAGGUCAUGUGGGAACAUUUGAUGAUGGAGUAGAGCUAAUUCAAGAAUUGGGAAGGCUAACACAAAUGAAGAAGUUGGGUUUGGGAGAAUGA